GACCUGAGGCCUCAUGCUAGUCUGUGCCUGUCCUUUCUUCCCUUUUCUUCCUCCUAGAGAGCUGCCUCCUUCCCCCUGCAGGCCCACAGCUCCUCACUUCAUUCUGUUGCCUUAUCCUUUCCUUCAUGGUGGCCCAGAGCCUGCUAAAGACCUAAAAGGGGCCCUACGCCCUAAAAAGAUUAUAGCCUCUCUCCAGAUAUAAUUCUUAAUACUGACCAACCGACAAAAAAUAUACACAUACGCUGGAAUUAAGAGAGCUUCUUCUUUGGAUUUGAAGAUUACAAACUUCCAGGACAGUGGGAGCUCAAGACUCGGCACAGCCUUCCUGUGUGGUUUCAGCUGCCCAAAGAGUGUCAUGGACCUGGGGAAACCAAUGAAAAGCCUGCUGGUGGUGGCUCUCCUUGUCAUUUUCCAGGUGUGCUUGUGCCAAGAUGAGGUCACGGAUGACUACAUUGGAGAAAAUACCACAGUGGACUAUACACUGUAUGAGUCUGUAUGCUUCAAGAAAGACGUGCGGAACUUCAAAGCCUGGUUCCUGCCAAUCAUGUACUCCAUCAUUUGCUUCAUGGGCCUGCUGGGCAAUGGGCUGGUCGUGCUGACCUACAUCUAUUUCAAGAGGCUCAAGACCAUGACAGAUACGUACCUGCUCAACCUGGCCAUGGCGGACAUCCUCUUCCUCCUGACCCUUCCCUUCUGGGCAUACAGCGCGGCCAAGUCCUGGACGUUCGGCGUCCACGUUUGCAAGAUCAUCUUUGGCAUCUACAAGAUAAGCUUCUUCAGCGGCAUGCUGCUGCUUCUUUGCAUCAGCAUCGACCGCUACGUGGCCAUCGUCCAGGCCGUCUCGGCCCACCGCCACCGUGCCCGCGUCCUUUUCAUCAGCAAGCUCUCCUGUGUGGGCAUCUGGAUGCUGGCCAUGGUGCUCUCCACCCCGGAGCUGCUGUACAGCGGCCUCCAGAAGAGCAGCAGUGAGCAAGCACUGCGGUGCUCCCUCAACACCAAUCAGGUGGAAGCCUUGAUCACCAUCCAGGUGGCGCAGAUGGUGGUGGGCUUCCUGAUCCCCCUGGGGGCCAUGAGCUUCUGCUACCUUGUCAUCAUCCGCACCCUGCUCCAGGCACGCAACUUUGAGCGCAACAAGGCCAUCAAGGUCAUCAUUGCCGUGGUCGUGGUCUUCAUAGCCUUCCAGCUGCCCUACAACGGGGUGAUCCUGGCCCAGACAGUGGCCAACUUCAACAUCACUGGCAGCGGUAGCUGCGAGCUCAGCAAGCAGCUCAACAUCGCUUAUGACAUCACCUACAGCCUGGCGUGCGUCCGCUGCUGCGUCAACCCUUUCUUAUACGCCUUCAUUGGUGUCAAGUUCAGAAGCGACCUCUUCAAGCUCUUCAAGGACCUCGGCUGCCUGAGCCAGGAGCAGCUCCGGCAGUGGUCUUCCUGCCGCCACACCCGGCGCUCCUCCAUGAGCGUGGAGGCCGAGACCACCACCACCUUCUCCCCGUAGGAGGCUCCUCCGCCGGGACUAGUGGGACCUCUCCCAGGGCCCCUGGGCCGGAUCCAGGCAGCCCAUGACUCGGGCAUCAAGAGCUGCAGAGGGAAGAAAGGCCGUCCCGGCUGUGAAGUUUUUAAUCUCGUGGGGAAAGCUGGUGCCGCGGCCCAGGCUUCACCCCGGUCCCUAGCUACCUCCACCCGGGUUGCAAAGCAUUGUGACCGAUGAGCUAUACCAAAUCCUGCAACACUCUGAAACCACGUGUCUGUUGUCCCCCAGACCAAAAACCAAAAGUGGAAGUCAGGAGACAGUCCACGCUUAGAGUGAAGGGGAGAGAGCUGGUAACGGGUAGACUGAUGGAGGGGGCCUGGAGCUUCUGAAUGAAGCUCCUUCUAACCUAGAAAGACAUCCUCCCUGAGAUUCAAGGGCUGGAGCAAGGUCUUCCAGAAAACAGGGCUUUGUUUCGGAGACCAGAGAUGCUGGGGAGACUUCCCAACUUGGCUUGGCAGGGGAGAGGGAUGCCAAUGGGUCAAACUCUCUGAAUUCCUCCCUCCAUCUCUUUUUCCACUGUCAUCUGAGCCAGCAAGAAAUGGCAGCCUCCAGGCCUCCCUGAAAGCACACCAGCCCCUCGCCUGCCACCUCUCAUCAGGCUGCUGCCCUCCGAGGCCCUCCUCAGGGAGGGGUGGUGUUUCCUGCGGGCCCGGCCAGCCGCCUCUGCCUGGCCAAAGCCACACUCCCAGCCAGGACUCUGGGGCGAGGAUGACGUGUGGCCAGCCCUUCUCAGCUCUCAACUCUGCUCGGAUGGAGGAGAGGGCAGGGAGGAAGGUUAGGGGCCAGGGGGUGGUGACAGCCCUGGCUGCCUAAGACCAAUGAGCUGCUUUUUGUUCUUAGUCGUGAGGAUAAAAAAAAAAAACUCUCAUCCUGUCCUGCUUUCAGUUCAUUAAGACAGCACAGCUUACUCACACACAAAUACAAGUUUUCCCUUGAGGGAGCAACAGCUUUAAAAGAAAGGGGGAAAUUUUUUGGUAAACGGCCAAUGGGUGCGUUCUUGUUUUGCAAACCCCAACUUCCCACCUGACCGCCCCCACUUCUCUCCUUUCCCUGCUCUUCAUUUCUCAGAGGUGAUCAGAGCUGUGAGGUCUUUCAAGCUGUGUUCUCCAAGCCUGUCCAACAACACAGGCCCAAGAGGCUCGAAAGAGGCAGCGGGAGGGGAAGCCCAGGGUGCCCAUCUUGCAAAUGCCCUUCCAGAAUUUGUGGGAGAGGCCCCAAGCCUGUGCCAGCAGCAGUGACCCAGAGACAUGGGUCUGAGCUGAGCUUUGGAAAGAACCAAGUUUUCCCCAUAACCUCGAUGGCUAGGAGCUCUCCCUGACCUUUAGCAACAUACACUCACUGGUCUACUCGUCUGUCCCUGCUCGGUCUGAAACCAGAGCCCCUGAUGCUUUGUCAUUUCCUUCAAGUUCCCUGGUUGUUUAGAGGGAAGGCCUCCCCCUGGGCACGCAGACCACAGCGUGCUGGAUGAAGGAGGCUUGAGAUGGCACCCAUGUGAUAGGCUGCACCUUUUGCUGGAAGCUUGAAAGCCAGGGUCAUCCACGACCCACCCUCCUGAUCCCUAUUGCAGCAGCAGCCCAUGUACCCAUGGUGGAGGAGUGGGGAUCAAGGGACAGCCACUACCCCCUGCCCAUAUCCAUGUCCUAUCAGGGUGCUCUGAUGCCCCCAAGCUAGAGAGGAGGUUAGCCCAGGCUGUGAUGCAUGAGGAGCUGUCUGAAGGGCCCAGCACAGCAAGAGCUGGGGGCCUGGCAGGGGGAGGUGGGUGGGGACACUCAUGCAAAGGUGAUUCCAUCAAUUUUCCAAAGUGAAGAGAGCUUGCCUGGUGAUGAAGCCCAUUCUCUAAUUUCACAAUAAGCACAUGACACUGCCCUCCUCCACAGGAUGCACUGGGCAUUAUUUGUUAGCCAAGACACCCCAGGGGAAGCGAAGCCAGCACAGGCGCAGCCAGCGUGGAGCAGUGCCUGUUGCAAUAGCAUCGAAUGUUAAAAGGUGCAGUGGUGAUUGUGUGUGCACAUAUGUGGGGUGAGAGGGGUCCCCGAGAGGAGCACAGAAGCACUGGGCCCACUGGUGUACACAUCCUAAUGCAGUACAGGCAGGAAACCGAUCCUCAGCUCCUGAAUGGAGGAAUUCAAAGGAAUGCUCAUGAACAGGAAGCCAGGCCAACCGCACAAACACGCCAUCUCGGCUUCAAAUACAUUUUUCUAAAGUAAUUGGACAUCUCUGAAUAUUUACAAAGACAGCAAAACCCCAGCAAUGUUAAUUCCCCAAACUGCUCUAUCUCGGCUCCUUGCUGGCCUGGCCACUGCUCCCUUGCCCAGUGCUCUCAUGUGUCUCCCCUGAACUUAGGGAGGACCCCUAGGAGGAAGGAACAGACUCACUGGGGAGCCCCCUCACCCAGGGCUUCUCUCUCUCUCUCUCUCUCUCUCUCUCUCUCUGUCUCAUCUGUUUCAUACAACUGCCCCAUCUUCCUGGGCUCAUGGCCCCAAAGCUCCUCCUCCCCUCUUGCAGCUCCCCCUGUUUCCCAUCCCCAGCCUCCCUGGAUGCAGCCCCAAGACAAGUCUGUCCUUCCAGCCAGAAGCACUGAACCUCAAGAAUCGUGGAUUCACAGAGCUGCGAGGGACCUCAAAGAUUAGCUGGUCCAACCCAAUCAUUCUCUAGAUGGGGAAACUGAGGCCCAGAAGAAGGAACUGACUUGCUUGAAGAGAUAUUGCAAUAUAAGGAUACUGAAUAAACUUGCCUUGGGGGGCCUAAGGAUCUGGCAGGAUGGAUGAGAGGUGGAUGAGGGAGAGCAGAUGCUCGGAAGCCUGGCUGACUGUGAACCUCAUCUCUAUUGCUUCCCAGCUGUGUGACCUUCAGCUGUUGCUCAACUGCUCUGAGUCUCAGAUUUCUCAACUGCAAAAUGGAGAGGAUUUGGCAAACGUCUAGCCUGGUGCCUGGAAUAUUGAAUGUGGUGAUGAGGAGCACGGGCUCUGCGGCCAGACUGCCUGGUUUGAAUUUCAGCUGCGCUACUUGGGCUCCUUACUUAGUCUCUCUGUGUUUCAGUUUCCUAAUCUGUGUGAUGGGGAAAAUCAUAGCACCUACCUCCUAGGACUGUUGUGAGGAGCAAAUAAAUACAUAUAUGUAAAAUGCUUAGAAAUCCUUA